GUUUUCAGGACGAAAUGCGUGAUAUCAGUUCCAUGGACGUCGACCCCCCGCGAGGGGAAGGAUUUCGGUCGUACUAUGUACAAAAAAUCGAAGAGCUACAGCUAGUCGUGGCGGAGAAGAACCAGAACCUGCGUCGCCUCCAGGCUCAGCGUAAUGAACUCAACGCUAAGGUUCGAAUGCUCCGCGAGGAACUGCAACUGUUGCAAGAGCAGGGUAGCUACGUGGGUGAGGUGGUCAAGCCGAUGGAUAAGAAAAAGGUCCUCGUCAAGGUACAUCCGGAGGGCAAGUUUGUUGUCGAUAUCGAUAAAAACAUCGACAUCAACGACGUGACGCCAAACUGCCGUGUGGCGCUACGCAACGAAAGCUACACCCUGCACAAAAUUUUGCCAAACAAGGUUGAUCCGCUGGUGUCGCUGAUGAUGGUAGAAAAGGUCCCCGAUUCCACCUACGAAAUGGUUGGAGGUUUGGACAAGCAGAUCAAGGAAAUCAAGGAAGUGAUCGAGCUGCCAGUCAAACAUCCGGAACUGUUCGAUGCUCUCGGAAUCGCCCAACCGAAGGGAGUAUUGUUAUACGGUCCUCCAGGUACGGGCAAGACUUUGUUAGCUCGUGCCGUAGCACAUCACACCGAGUGCACGUUCAUUCGAGUAUCAGGCUCAGAACUGGUGCAGAAAUUCAUCGGUGAAGGGUCGCGUAUGGUGCGCGAACUGUUCGUGAUGGCCCGAGAGCAUGCGCCCUCCAUCAUAUUUAUGGACGAAAUAGAUUCUAUCGGCUCGUCACGUAUCGAAUCUGGCAGCGGUGGUGAUUCAGAAGUACAAAGAACCAUGCUGGAACUUCUAAAUCAACUAGAUGGAUUCGAGGCAACAAAGAACAUCAAAGUCAUCAUGGCGACCAAUCGCAUUGACAUCCUUGAUCCGGCCCUUCUGCGUCCAGGACGCAUUGAUCGCAAGAUCGAGUUCCCUCCACCAAAUGAGGAAGCUCGCUUGGACAUUCUGAAGAUCCAUUCGCGCAAGAUGAACCUUACUAGAGGAAUAAAUCUGCGCAAAAUAGCAGAGCUAAUGCCUGGAGCUUCUGGCGCUGAAGUGAAAGGUGUCUGCACGGAGGCCGGUAUGUAUGCGUUGCGCGAACGCCGUGUGCACGUUACUCAGGAAGACUUUGAAAUGGCUGUGGCGAAGGUGAUGCAGAAAGACUCGGAGAAGAACAUGUCCAUUAAGAAAUUGUGGAAAUAAUCUCCAUUUCGGUGUUCUUUUAAUCCCGGCAUGUUGCGAAUUGUCGCUUUUCAUUGUAACCACUAAUAAAAUAUAACUGGUUGUUUAUGACCAGCC